CUUCCGCAGCACCGGCCCCGGGAGAUGCCCGCGGCGGCCGCCGGUGCCGCAGCCCGCCCCCGCGCCGCCGCUCCCUCCCGCCUCCGCCGCUCUCUAUGGUCGGCAGGCCCGGCGGCUCCGGCCCCUCCAGGCCGCUGACACCGCUACCGGGGCUCGGCCGCGGGAACGGGCAGCGGGCCCAGGGCCCGGCCGGCUGCGCGCGCAGCCCGCGCUCCCGGCGCCCCGCCGCCCGCCCAGGCCGCCAUCGCCAGCGGCUGCCGGGCCUGCCCGGGAACGGCCCCGCGCUGCCCGCCCGGGGCUGCCCGCCGACACACACCCCGGCCCCGCGCCCGGCCCGGCGGGGCCCGCGCCCCAUGGAGAAGCAGGGCAGGAUGGACUGCCCCGCGCUGCCGCCGGGCUGGAAGAAGGAAGAGGUGAUCCGCAAGUCGGGCCUCAGCGCCGGCAAGAGCGAUGUCUACUACUUCAGUCCAAGUGGUAAGAAGUUCAGAAGCAAGCCUCAGUUGGCAAGAUACCUGGGAAACACUGUUGAUCUCAGCAGUUUUGACUUCAGAACGGGAAAGAUGAUGCCCAGUAAAUUGCAGAAGAACAAACAGAGACUAAGGAAUGAUUCUCUCAAUCAAAAUAAGGGAAAACCAGACCUAAAUACAACUUUACCAAUCAGACAAACAGCAUCCAUUUUCAAACAACCAGUCACCAAAGUCACCAACCAUCCCAGUAACAAGGUCAGGUCUGACCCACAGCGGGUGACGGAGCAGCCACGACAGCUUUUCUGGGAGAAGAGGCUACAAGGCCUUAGUGCAUCAGAUGUCAGUGAACAAAUCAUAAAAUCCAUGGAGCUUCCUAAAGGUCUUCAAGGGGUUGGCCCUGGGAACAAUGAUGACACCCUGCUAUCAGCUGUUGCCAGUGCCCUGCACACCAGUUCUGCCCCCAUCACAGGGCAGCUCUCUGCAGCUGUGGAGAAGAACCCAGCAGUCUGGCUGAACACAUCUCAGCCCCUCUGCAAAGCUUUCAUAGUCACAGAUGAUGACAUUAGGAAACAAGAAGAGCGGGUGCAACAAGUGCGCAAGAAGCUGGAGGAAGCUCUGAUGGCAGAUAUCCUGUCACGGGCAGCUGACACAACAAGGGAUCUAGAUGUGGAAAUGGAUAAUGGAGAGGAGGCAUGAAGAGAAAUCAGGUACUUCAACUGACUUGUCCCAGGAGGAACUUCCCAAAAGACAGAGGCACUUUCUCCUUCGGUCUUUCGUUGUCAGAAGAAAUGGACCCAUGCACAUUUAUAGAGCUUUCUAAUAGCAUUAAAACCAAUGCCUUUUUUAGACUCCUAUUUUUGAUGUAUAUAUCUUAUUUGAAAAGCAACUUUAUUUUGUGUCCUAUGACUUCAAAGUCCUUUUUUAAAGUAUCGAACGUCGCCCUUAAUCUAAAGCUGAGCUUUUGAUGCCAGGUUGCAAACCUACUGGAAUUCUAUUUGCCUGUACUAAGUAUUUGUUUUUCCUGUGGUUUUUAGUAAGGACAGAUCAGGAGAACAGAGUGAUUUCCCAAUGAAAGAUUAUUGUGACUCUGUAUAUAAACAGAUUUUUAUACCUAUGGGUGAAAGCACCUGUACAUUCUUCCGUCAUCACUGUAAAGAGAAAUAAAUGAUUAUAUUCCAA